UCGGAACUGAAAUAAAGAGCGUGGAAGUGAUGGUUGAGGGACUUGAGCGUUUUCAAGGAAACCCGUUCGAAGUUUGAGAGCUUCCUUCCUUCCCACUUUCAUUCAAGUUUUGAGUAUCGGCUGAGUUUCUGAGAUGCGGAAGAUGAUGACGGCAACUGCAUCUUCUAAUGGCAGCAAAGGUAUGCCUUCUCUUCACUCUACUGUUGUUGUUCUCUUCAACGAUUACUCAGCUUUGUUUCAUUCUCAACCCUCAAAUUCGAAGCCAAAUAAAUCUAGAAACACCCAGCCAAAGCGGUUUGGUGUGAGAGACCCAACCAAAGUCACAAAUCUUGAGCAUGCUUUCAAUGUGUUCGAUGAAAUGCUUCACAAGCGUCCUUUGCCUUCGGUUUUCCGUUUCAAUCAAAUCUUGGGACAAGUUGCGAAAUUGAAACAUCAUUCGGCCGUCAUCUCUAUGUAUAACCAAAUGGCUGUGUCGGGAGUUAGACCUAGUGUUUGUACUCUAACUAUUGUCAUUAAUUGCUAUUGUCAUCUCAACCAAAUGGGGUUUAGUUUUUCUGUCUUGGGACAACUCUUUAAAUCUGGGUUUGAACCAAGUGUCUGUACGUUCAACACUCUAAUGAACGGCUCUCUUACCGAGAAUAGAGUGGCUGAGGCUGCAGAAAUUUUCAACAAAAUGAUGAAGACAGGUAAUUGUAAGCCUAGUGUGGUUACUUUCGGCACACUAAUAAAGGGUUUCUGUAGAAUGGGUAACAACAGUGCAGCUAUCCAAUUGCUGAGGAAGAUGGAGGAAGGACCUUGCAACCCUAACGUAGUUAUCUAUAACACGAUCAUAGACAGUCUUUGUAAGGAUACACUAACUGUGGAUGCAUUGAACCUCUUCUCUGAAAUGAUGAGCAACGGUAUUUCCCCAAAUGUCAUCACCUAUACAUCCUUGAUUCAUGGGGUUUGCAGAUUAGGCAAGUGGAAAGCAGCUACAAGGUUGUUGAAUGAAAUGGUGAGUAGAAAUAUCUCUCCAGAUGUGCACACCUUCAGUAUCUUGGUAGACACACUUUGUAAGGAGGGGAUGGCUGAGGAAGCGCAAACUGUGGUCGAAAUGAUGAUUGAAAGAGAUAUUGAACCUAAUAUAGUUACGUACAAUUCACUUAUGGAUGGUUACUGUUUACGAGGAGAAAUGGACAAAGCGAAAAAGGUUUUUGAACUAAUGCUUUGCAAGGACUCCAUGACUGAUGUUCGUAGUUAUACCACAUUGAUAAAUGGAUAUUGUAAACGUAAAAUGAUGGAUGAGGCCAUGAUGAUUUUCUUGGAAAUGUCUCGUAGAGGAUUGGUUUCUGAUACCGUUACAUAUACCACUCUUAUACAUGGUUUCUGCAAACUAGGGAGAAUACAUGAUGCACAGAAGUUGUUAUCUCAAAUGCAAGGUUGUGGCCAUCUUCCUAAUAUGGUUACUUUCGGCACACUAAUAAAGGGUUUCUGUAGAAUGGGUAACAACAGUGCAGCUAUCCAAUUGCUGAGGAAGAUGGAGGAAGGACCUUGCAACCCUGACCUAGUUAUCUAUAACACGAUCAUAGACAGUCUUUGUAAGGAUACACUAACUGUGGAUGCAUUGAACCUCUUCUCUGAAAUGAUGAGCAACGGUAUUUCCCCAAAUGUCAUCACCUAUACAUCCUUGAUUCAUGGGGUUUGCAGAUUAGGCAAGUGGAAAGCAGCUACAAGGUUGUUGAAUGAAAUGGUGUGUAGAAAUAUCUCUCCAGAUGUGCACACCUUCAAUAUCUUGGUAGACGCACUUUGUAAGGAGGGGAUGGCUGAGGAAGCGCAAACUGUGGUCGAAAUGAUGAUUGAAAGAGAUAUUGAACCUAAUACAGUUACGUACAAUUCACUUAUGGAUGGUUACUGUUUACGAGGAGAAAUGGACAAGGCGAAAAAGGUUUUUGAACUAAUGCUUUGCAAGGACUCCAUGACUAAUGAUCGUAGUUAUAGCAUAUUGAUAAACGGAUAUUGUAAGUGUAAAAACAUUGAUGAUGCCAUGAUGCUUUUUCGGGAAAUGUCUCGUAAGGGAAUGGUUCCUGAUACCAUCACUUAUACCACUCUUAUGGAUGGUUUCUGCAAAGUGGGGAGAAUACGUGAUGCACAAAAGUUGUUCUCUCAAAUGCAAGGUUGUGGCCAUCUUCCUGAUGUUCAAACUUAUGCAGUUUUACUGCAUGGCCUCUGUAAAACCCAACAACUUCCUAUGGCGAUGAAACUUUUUAGAGUGAUGGAAGGAAAGAAGUUGGAUAUUAACAUUGUGAUUUACAAUAUUCUUAUUGAAGGUUCAUGCAUAGCUGGAAAAAUUGAAUCUGCACUGGACAUUUUCUAUGGUUUAUCAUCAAAAGGACAUCAACCUAAUGUCAGGACAUAUAAUAUAAUGAUCAGUGGGUUUUGUAAUGUAGGCCUAAUUAGUGAAGCGGAAAAGUUGGUUGGAGAAAUGGAAGAGAAUGGAUGUUCUCCAGAUGGUUGCACCUAUAAUACAAUUAUCCGAGGGUUUAUCAAUAGUAAUGAGACAUCAAGGGCUAUGGUUUUUAUUCAACAAAUGGUGGAGGGGGGUUUCUCUGCGGAUGCAUCAACUAUGGAAUUGAUUGUUGAUUUAUUGUCUAAAGAUGAUGUAGAUCCGGCUUUGUUGCCAUUGAUAAAAGAAACAUCGCGAAGUUAAUUUGAAACUUUGACAUGGCUGUACCCUUGGCAACCAUGAAUGUACUGUUCGUCUUAGUAUGGUUGACGGUGCUUGAAGAUAUGCCAGUGAAGUAUUUCUUUUGAACUGAGCUUAUAGUUAGAGCAGAGUGUAAUUACCUAGUAUCUCAUGUAAUAUGUAGACAUGUGUGCUUGUGUUGGCCUUAUUUGAGACAAUAAGGAUUAGUUUCGCACCAGGAAAAUAUGGUCUUUGUUGGUCAAAACUCGAACUGAAAAAAUCAGAAUGUAAUUUAUUUAUUCUAAAUUCAUUCAGCAUUCAGGGAUUGGUAUGGAUACUCUUGGGCUUCAGCAAGUGGUGAUGCUUUUGCAUCUGCGACAUAUUAGAUGUUCUUUAUUGCUAAUGCCAUCGGAAGAUCCUCCAAUAUUCUUCUUUUUGUUCUUUCGUCGUUGAUGCAACUUGGUGGGUUGUCAUGGUGGAAUUGCACAAUAUUUAUAGGUUUAUUUAA